CCGGUAUUUCCAUAGAUUUGUAGUAAAUUUUUUGUCGGCAGAAAGUUUAUUUCCGUGCUCAGUUAAUUCUGUGUGAUUGAAUAAUAUAGAAGAUGGUAACACACUUAAUGUAAAUUCAAAUUCAAAUUAUUUCGAAACAACACAAGUCGAAGCAAUUAAACGUCAAAGAAAGUUAGAAACCCGUAAAAGAUAUAGAUUGCAAAAUAUAGAAAAAAUAAAAGAAACAAAAUGAGCAAGAUACGCGGCAAAUAGUAAACCAGAGACAAUGCAGCAAAUAAAGAUAAAGCAAAGGCAAGAUACCAAGCAAAUAAGUAUGUUAUUAAAGAACCAAGAUAUUCUGCAAAUAACGGAAGAGCAGCAGUUACAAAUGCUAACAUAGUAAAUUGCGAGAGAAAAUAAAAAUGUGGAUGCCUGCGGAGGAAACGGCUCUUGUUAAUUUUCUUAAAGAAAAUGUGGAAUUUGAGAAACCAACAUCGCGGGUAUAUUAUAAUCGUUUCCUUCAAAGUAGCGGUGUGGAUGCUGAUUGGAAAAUUGUACGCUUAAAGGUGUUAAAUAUGAGAAAAACUUAUAAAAAAACAAAAGAAUGGUUGGAUACUGUAGGAGAAGCUAUGGCAGAUGACGAAUCAGUUGGAAAUGCCAUACGCAAUAUGUGUCCUUUAUAUUAUGAUAUUGAAAAAGUUUUUGGAUCAAACUUCAUUAAUUCACCUACGAAAUCAAAUAGGUUACAACCUAUUAUUGUGAAAUCAGAAUCAAUCAGUGAUCAAAAUUUUGAUGAUGCAUCUAAUACUAUAGUUAAAACAGAAAACGAAGAAUUUGAAAAUGUUUAUGAUAAUAUGCAAGGUGCUAGCCAAGAUAGAAGUUUUUCAUUAACGGAAACUAUGUCUAGCCACGCAGAAAAUCAUUGUACUAAAGAUGUUUUCGAUAAUAAUCAUUCUACAAAGUGCAGUGGAGCUUAUUUUGGAACAGCCGUAUCUGAAAUGGUGCAGAGUCAUGCAGAAAGUUUAAAAUUAAAGAAAAAGAAAAUGGACAUUGACUCAAAUUUUAGAGAAAAAGAAAUGCAAUUGCUUGAAAGGCAAGUGGCAGUUCAAGAAAAAGAAAUUGCAUUCAAAGAAAUGGAGCUGAAAAGUCAGGAGUAUUUAAAGAUUUUGGAAUUGGAAAUGAAAGAAAGAAUUGCGAUGAAAGAGCUUGAACUUAAGUAUAAGAAACAAUAAUAAGUUAAUUAAUAAUAAUAAUAAUAACUUAAUU